UCUCGCGGGACCCGGAUGAAGAGCGGAAGCGAGGCGGCUCUGCUGCUUCGGGGACCGGGCGGCGGCGGCGGCGACCGAGGCUGAGGUGGUGACGGCGGCGGGAGCUGGCGCUGCGCUCGGAGAGAGGCAGCGGGGUCGGCGGCCGCGCGCAGCGCUGCGGAGGAGCGGGCCCGGCGCGGAGCGAGCAGCUGCGCCACGGGUGGCAUUGUGCUUCUCAGCGUGCAGGAGUAGUCCCAGAAGAGAAGCGAGGCUGAGCCCAGAGGGCUGGGUUGCUUCAGCAGGGAAGACUCCCUUCCCCCCUGCUUCAGGCUGCUGAGCACUGAGCAGCGCUCAGAAUGGAAGCCAUCGCCAAAUAUGACUUCAAAGCCACUGCAGACGAUGAGCUGAGCUUCAAAAGGGGGGACAUCCUCAAGGUUUUGAAUGAAGAAUGUGAUCAGAACUGGUACAAGGCAGAGCUCAAUGGGAAGGAUGGCUUCAUUCCCAAGAACUACAUAGAAAUGAAACCACACCCGUGGUUUUUUGGCAAAAUCCCCAGAGCCAAGGCAGAAGAAAUGCUUAGCAAACAGCGGCAUGAUGGGGCCUUUCUAAUCCGAGAGAGUGAGAGUGCUCCUGGGGAUUUCUCCCUCUCCGUCAAGUUUGGAAAUGACGUGCAGCACUUCAAGGUGCUCCGGGAUGGAGCUGGAAAGUAUUUCCUCUGGGUGGUGAAGUUCAAUUCUUUGAACGAAUUGGUAGAUUACCACAGAUCGACAUCCGUGUCCAGAAACCAGCAAAUAUUCCUGCGGGACAUAGAGCAGGUGCCACAGCAGCCAACGUACGUCCAGGCCCUCUUUGACUUUGACCCCCAAGAGGACGGUGAGCUGGGCUUCCGCCGGGGAGACUUCAUCCACGUCAUGGAUAACUCAGACCCCAACUGGUGGAAGGGGGCUUGCCACGGGCAGACCGGCAUGUUUCCCCGAAAUUAUGUUACCCCCGUGAAUCGGAACGUCUAAGAAUCAAGAAGAGAUUAUUUAAAGAAAUUGAAAACACAAAAGAAUUACACCCACAAGCUGCCUGUAACAGUAGCCUGUGAGGGAGCUCGGAACACCUGGCUAGGUCACACUGGUGACCCUCUCACUUUGGUUGGAACUUUGGGGGGUGGGUGGGGGUGUUGGAUAUCAAAAUGCCAAAACUUACCUAUUGAAUUAAGAAGAGUUUUUAUUACAGAUUCUCACCGCUGCUCCUGUUUCCCUCCUAUGUCUUUUUUCAUCCUUUUUCUCUGUCCUUCGGUGCAUGACGUUUAAGGCUCAUAUAGUCCCAGCUGAUGCCAAUAAUAAAGGAAAAGAAACCA